AUGAAUUCGACCACCACUUCAAUUUUGAAUAUCAAGUCUGCUACCGAUAUACCCACCAGUGAGCUCAACCAGAUCCAAAAAUGGAACUCUCGCAUUGGGCUGGAAAGCGUUGAACGCUGCGUACACGAUGUAAUCGCAGAGAAGACUCAGACAGCCCCAUCAGCAGAAGCGAUUGCCGCCUGGGAUGGCACUUUAACGUAUUCCCAACUCGAUGCUCUAUCGACGACCCUGGCGAGCCGUCUAGUUGAGCUUGGCCACAGCCAGGAGAAAUUCAUCGGCUUGCUGUUUGAUAAGUCCAAGUGGACUGCUGUUUCUAUUCUUGCUGUCAUGAAAGCCGGAGCUGCGUUCUUUCUUAUCGAUUCAUCUUUACCUGACCAGCGCAUCAGACGUAUGUGUGAGAUUGCCCAAGCUUCGGUCAUCGUAACCUCGUCGAGUCUGUCUACGCGAGCGGGUCAGCUUGAGCGGCCCAUACUGGUAGCUGAACAUGAAUCCCAAAGAACUAUAACAACAUUAGCUUCUCUGCCAACUGUCAGCCCUAGAGACGCAGUUUAUGUAGCAUUCACUUCCGGGUCAACUGGGGAUCCCAAAUGUGUCGUCAACAUUCACACAGCCGCUACAAGCGGAAUAGGGCCAUACUCUCGCCGCAUGGGGUUAACCCAGGAAAGCCGGAUGUUUCAAUUCUCAUCUUACUCUUUCGUCAUCAGCAUCCUGGACCACCUGGGCGCGUUGAUGAACGGCGCUUGCCUGUGUGUUCCAUCCGCCGAGCAAGUCCAAAACAGCCUCGCCAGCGCUAUAGCCGAAUUGAAUGCCAACUGGGUCGAGAUCACGCCCUCUGUGGCUCGCGGCCUUGAACCACGGGGAGUACAGACGUUACGCACGGUCGUUCUGGUAGGCGAGGCAGCCACCCCGUCGGAUCUAGACAUGUGGAGGGGCAGCGUAGAUCUAAAAAUGUGUUAUGGACAGACCGAAAAUUGCUUGGGUGCGUUGGUUGAUAACAAGACGGAGACUUCGAGUGCAAGCGAUAUGGGGUAUCCGUGGGCAGCGCAUUGCUGGGUUGUUAACUCUAACUCUGAUGACCUCGUUCCCAUCGGAGCUGAAGGGGAGCUUUGGCUCGAGGGGCCAUCCCUCGCGAGAGGGUAUUAUAACAAUGCCGAGCAGACAGCAGCUGUGUUCAUUGAAAACCCUAUCUGGAUGCAGAAGAUCCGGCCAGGCGAGAGAGCUCGGUUUCUAAGAACUGGAGACCUGGUUCGGUAUCAGCCUGAGUCAGGGAUGCUGCAAUAUGUGGGCCGCGGGGGGACCCAGGUUAAGCUGCGAGGACAGCGGAUUGAACUGGCAGAUGUGGAGAGUCAUCUGAAAAAGCAGUUCCCAGAGGCAGAUGCAGCAAUAGCCGAGGUUGUGAAUCCCAGCCAAGAUGAUAACGGUGCUCUCCUGGUUGCGUUUAUCCUGGUGGGCCAUGCAACGGUGUCUGGUGAUGCCGCCGCCGAUGCACUCUUCGCGGAUACAACUGCUGAGUUUUCUGCGCAGAGCCAAAAUGCCCUGGCUCAACUACGAGAUACUCUACCCAAGUAUAUGGUCCCAACAACCGUUGUACCUUUGGAGACUCUACCCUUGACAGCGUCGGGGAAGCUGGACCGAAAACUGUUGCGCAGCAAGGCUUGCGAAUUAGGGCUCAAGCUGCAGACGUACCACAUCCUAACAGAGGAAAAAGCUCAUCGCCCAGCGCGCACGGAGAAUGAGGUUCUGAUUCGGGAUAUGUGCGCCGGCCUUCUGCGCUCGGCUACAGAGGACAUCAACAUGGAUGCUUCCUUUUUCGAACUUGGCGGCAAUUCAAUCAACGCUAUGUGGCUGGUUAGUCGUGCCCGUGAAGCAGGCUUUGUCUUUACAUCAGCAAAUGUGUUCCAGCAGACGUCUUUGGCAGAAUUAGCUGGCAAACACGGGGGUGUUAGCUCUGCGAGGGACAUUGGCGUUGAGACUCCGAGCGAGCUCCCCCUAACCGACGCCCAAAAGGAAGAGCUCAUGAAGUUCAUUCCUCCUAUCAUUGACCCACCCAAUGUCUCUGACUUUUUCCCAUGCAGUCAUGGGCAGCAAUGGCAGCUUAGCCGUCACAAAGGUGGCGGCUUUGUGUUUCGCUUCUCUGGGCCACUCCAGGUUGACCGUCUUCAAACUGCAUGUCGCCGUCUGGUUCAGACGCACUCUUCACUAAGAUCCCUUUUCACUUCGCAUGAUGGAAGAUUCAUCCAAGUUGUCUUGAAGGAUAUCGAUGAUUUCCCAUUCACAAUCCGGCACAGCACUAACUCGACGCAAGACCCUCUAUCAUUUGCACAAGACCUGUGCGCCGCCGAUCUUACCGUUGAUCCAUAUGUCCUCCCACUACAGUUCACUCUAAUUCCAGACUCCUCAGGACAGGAGCAUGUCCUCAUCCUCCGACUUUCACACGGCCAAUACGACGGCAUCUGUCAGCAAACAUUCAUCUCCGAUCUAUGCUCUUUCUAUCAAAACCCCUCUGACCCAGGGGUGGCCCCAACAAACUUCGCCUAUUACCCGCACGAACUCGCGCGCCAGCAGACGCCAGAUGAAUUGCCCUUCUGGCAGAAACUCCUCGAGGGCUCAAAGAUAACUAGGCUGCCAACCCCUCAAACCCCCAGCGGGAAGGCCAUUUCGCUCCACAGCAACACAACCAUACCAAUCCCGGAUAAACCCCUGCCCAUCGGAGUGACGCUCGCCACGGUCGUGAAAGCUGCGUGGUCUCAUGUCCUCCGCAAAGCAACAGGGAGCCAAGACAUCGUAUUCGCCCAGUUCGUCGCCGCCAGAGACCUGGAGAACAUCCCGCAGGGCCAUCGACUAGUCGUGUUUUGUGUGAAUCAUUGCCCAGUCCGCGUCGAUUACAGCGGCAGCAGCGGCAAGCCCAUCAAGACAGUUCUAGACCUUCUUCAGGCUCUCCAAGCUCAGCAUACGCAGACUAUCCCGUUCAAGGCUUCCCAAUGGGACUAUCUCGUUUCGAACAGCACGGACUGGCCACAAGGCAGUGAGCCGCAGAGUAUACACGUACACCUGAACUUCGAUAUUGAGAAAGAAGUUGAUCUAGGCGGGGGCUUGCGGUGUGAGCUGGUUGACCACCUCAGUAUCGAGCCUCCGUUGGAUGCCAUUAGAGUCUUUUCGGAGCCUAAGAAGGGAGAUACUGAGUUGAAGAUUGAGUUGAUUUCUUCGACGAUGGUUGUAGAAGAGGGUAGACUGGAGGUUCUGAUGGGGGAGCUGGGGAGGACUUUUUCUGAUUUUAUGGCCAAUCCAGAAAGGAUUUUGGGAUAG